AUGAGUGCCCAUAUUCAGCAAUGGACGGUUGAGAAGCCUUGGCUCAAAACACACUGUCUGCUGGGCGAAGGACCUUUCUAUGAGGAAUCAACGGGCGAUCUGCGCUUCGUCGAUAUCCGCAAUAAGAGGCUCCAUUAUGUGAAGGUGGCUGAAGGUCCUUCGUCUCUUAAAACAGUCCAACUAGACGUAUGCCCUACUGUCACAGCAAACAUUGCUGGGGUUGAUCCCCAGGAACGAAUAGCCAUUGGCGUCAAGUAUGGGCUGGCUGUUCUCGACGUGAAGAAGGAGACAUACGAACUUAUCCAACCAUUCGAAGAACCCGCCAAUGAGCGUUUGCGAAGUAACGAUGGCGGCGUGGAUCCUCUUGGUCGAUUUUGGCUGGGUACAAUGACGGACUUUGGACUCGGUCCCUUUCAGCCCGAAGGUACUCACUCUCCCCUGCCCAACACAAAACGGUGCACCAACACCAGGACCCUGUCCACUUACUCUACGUUGCAUCUCUUGUUCAUCAAGUCUGACAUAUUGGAUCUAGGAGCGGUCUAUCUAAUGGACGCCAAGUCACGAGAGGUCAAGCUACCUGACAUGACAAUCCCCAACACACCAGGUUGGUCUCCUGAUGGAAAGACACUGUAUGUUACACACUCAAAUGCCAGAGAGAUUUAUGCCUUUGACUUUGAUACCGAGUCUGGGGAAAUUUCUAACAAGCGCGUUUUCUACAACCAUGAUGGUUCAGGCGAGCCCGACGGGUUCCGUGUAGAUGUAGACGGGUUCCUUUGGCAAGCUGUAUACGGAGAGGGUCGUGUCAUUAGAAUCGACCCCAGCACAGCCAAGAUUGUUGGAGAGGUCAAAGUGCCGACCAAGAACACCACUUGCGUGCACUUUGUCGGUACUGAGCUUGUCAUAACAACUGCCGAGGAUGACGAGGGCGAGGGAUCGAGCCGCGAGAACGGUGGUCAUGUGUUCAAGGUAGACGUCGGAAUCCGGGGAUUAAGGCUCAACGAUUUCAAGCUAUAA